GGUGGAGGGAGGAAGGCCUGAUCGGGGCCUGUACUGAGACGUCUGUACUUCUGUGCCUUCUACAGGUGUUCCCUGUGUGAGCUAAUUUCAUGUGAAAAGAAGAGUGACGUCAUGGAUUUCCGGGUACUCGCCAUGCUGUCUCUUCUCUUCGUCCAUAUUGAAGGAGGAGAAGCUCUGAGGACCAUCGGCGUCGGCUCGGCUCCCCCGGAAUUCGUCCACCCCGCGCACAAUGUGACAGUCGUAGAGGGCCAGGAAGUCACGCUUAUGUGCUCCGUCAGCACUCUGAAGGAUUAUAAGCUCGCCUGGGUGCACGAGGAAUCCCAAACGAUCUUGAGCAUCGGACGGCACCUGUAUACCCGGAUCCCACGCCUGAGCUUGCACGCCGACCAUCACUCCGCCGCCCUCACUGUGUCCCCUGUGCUUUCCACGGACAGGGGCUGGUACAUGUGCCAGCUCAACACCAAUCCUAUGACCUACACGAGGAGCUACCUGCAGGUCCUGGUUCCUCCGACGCUGGAGGACUGGUCGGGGUCCUACGUGGAGGUGCGAGAAGGAGUGUCUGUUCGCCUGACCUGCAACGCCCGCGCUUUCCCUCCUGCUCUGACGACCUGGAGGAGGAGCGACGCAGAACCCAUAUUCCGCUCGCCGAAAACAGUCUGGGUUGUGGAGGGAGCCGACCUCGUGUUCGAAUCCGUGCGUCGAGUGCAUGGCGGCGCCUACACUUGCCAUGUGGACAAUAAGGUCACCGCCCCCGUCUCCCGCACCACACACCUCACUGUCACAUACGCGCCCGUCCUCUGGCUCGGGCGGGAGCUGGUGGGCGUGAAGGCGGGCGACGACAUCACCCUCAACUGCUCCAGCGAGGCCAACCCGCCCCCCUCGCACUACUGGAGCGCAAACGGCACUAAUGUCACAACUAGUCACAAGUAUCAGGUGGACGAGAUGCGCCUCUCAACCAGGACGGAGGUUUUACUCACCAUCAAGAGCGUUGGGCACAAGGAUUUCACCCACUACAGGUGUCAUGCUGUGAAUCCCAUCGGGCAGGCGGAAGGUACCAUUCGGCUGUAUGAACUAAAGGAAAGAAUAAUGGCCGUUCCUACAAGACCAACGUGGAAAAUUCCUCCUCCAGGCCGCUUCCCGGUCCCCAAGCAGGCCUCGCUCACCACGCAGCCGCCCACCAAUGCUUCCGCCAAGGUCCGCGUCGAGAGGCCGUGGCGCAACAACAACCGGGUCACCGACGUCUUACCUUCGAGGAACACGUCAAAGAAAGCGAGUGCCGACGACCAGAAGAAGGGAAGGCACCUCAAGAACUACCCCCGCCACGGAGGUCGUUUCAAUGACACGACACUCAUUGUCGACCUCAUAAUGGACGUGGAAGGGGGGGCGACGGCCUGUUACCAUCGUGAGCUGUUGAGGGCAUCGGAUGUGGUUGUCGUUUUUCAUGUAUUGUUCCUAUUAGUACGAGGCUGGUUUCAGGUCAUGUAAUAACAUUAUGAAUGCUUAAAUGUUGAAUGAAGUUACAGUAUUACUGACAAUCACAAAAAAUCUCCUAAGUGGAUAGAGCUGAUGUAUUAUACUGUACGAACAGAAAUGCAUUAACCGACAUCAAUAUUUGAUAUCUACCGCUCAAUACCACACCUGCACUACGGAUUUCUGGGUCUCUGUUUUUAAUGCUGAUCAGGCUUUCCCUGAAAGGAUGAUUUAAUAUUUGAUUUCACAGGGUAGUUAAUGAUGCACUGCAGUUCCCCUUGUAUGAAGUGUCUAGAAUUUGGCUAAAGGAGCAUCUUUUGACCCAGAUAUCCUAAAACUAAUUGAGGCUACGUGUAAUAAGAUACGUUUAUGAACAGGUCAGUGGAACUAGUCCUCCCUCAAUAAAGAUGGCUGUGUAGUAUUUGUUUGUGUUUCAGCGACACUGUCACUGUUGGUGGAUAAACACCAGACGCUCAGCAUAAGAUGCCGUUUCAGUGUAUAGAUGUAUAUUUGUGAAUAAAGUGUAUAAAAAGACAUGCGGUUAUCAUAAUUUUAAGGAGAGAUGUUCAUGUUACUGUAAUUAUUAGUGGUGUAAUGUAUAAUGGUAUAGUCUUUCGAGUUAGUUAAGCGAGGGUGUGUAAUGCCAGCUUGAAUAGUUUACCAGAGUGAUGAAAAGCAUUACAAAAUGGCCUGUACGUGUUAAUAAGAGUGUUAAUCCCGAAAUGUAUAGUCAAAACUUAUAAGUUAUCUUGCGCAUUCCACAUUUGUUUAAUCGGUGGAUCGUGAAAACCACCUAAAACCAUGCAGUAUUAGUCAUGCACAUAAUUUGAUUUCAGUUUUAUGCCGCUUGCAUAUGAUCGGAUUAGCCAUGGCAUCUUAGAACCGAAGAAUGGAUGUUUUUAAAAAGUAUAAUUUCGUUAAUUCUGUGAAAAUCAGCUGCGAAUGUUAAUAACCUAAACAUAUCAUAUGUAAUAUCAACAGUGUAAGUAUUCAGCAUACGUGUACAUUUAAUUUUAGGGGAUGGGAUCCAAUAUACGUAAUGCAUCAUUGUUAGUAUUAGUAAAAUAUCCUAAGGGUAUGUUUUUUUCAGUCUUGCGUACGUCAGUGUUCAUGCUAUAAUCCCACUGUAUCCAUGACCAGAUAUAGUGAAGUAGUCAGUAUUCAUCAUGACAGUGACGUUUGUAUUCAUAUGUAUCCACAGACACUAUAGACUGUAUCCGUGUAUCCGUAUGCAAGUGAUUUUUUAUUGCAAACUCCACUAGCAAUAACCUGUUGCAAAGCUUUUGUAUAGAAUUUUCUGGAGCUUGAUAAUGUUUUUUUUUUCCUAAUUGUUUUUGAUUUUUAACAUUAACUACGAACUUUUUACCUUUGAUGAUUACUAUAACAAGUUACUGUAAUUAUUAUUUUUUUAUUUAUAAUUCAUUUAGAUAUGAAGAUAUUGUUUUAAUAUAAUUCUUUGAAUUUUCAUCGUCGUUAAAAAAACACUCUUUUGAAUCUAGUCAUAUUUUUAUUACAAGUGUUAUAAAGGAAAGGUUCUCAAAUGAUAUCUAUAGUAUCGGAAACGUCACAGUGAUUCCGAGAAAUAGACCUGAAGACAAGACAAAUAUCUACAUAAAACACCGUUUGGUUUGUUCAAAAUCCCUGACAUCACAAAAGGCAAUUUUUUCAUAGUUAAGACAACAAGAGGAGUAAUAUUUUCACAUUUAUGGAUAACCCAAUUCAGUGCGUUAGGAGAUUCAAAAGCACAAACACACACACACACACACACACACACACACACACACACACACACACACACACACACACACACACA